AUAUGGUUAUAAUGCGUGGAGAGAUGGUCAAAAACCAUCGGAUAUUCUCAAAGAUAUGUGUAAAAAAUACCAAAUUUUCGGACCUCGUUAUGAAGAGAACCGUGUAAUUGUCGACUCCUGUGUUUUCAGCGUCUCCUUAGGAAAUCAAGUGGAAGAAGAACAUUUACACGAAAUUCUGUCUCUGAAAGUGCUGCAUCACUGGCAAUAUAUACCUGUCGUAGGGCGACAUCUUGUCCCAGAGCAUGUAGAAACGAGGUCGCUUUUCAAUCCAGAUGAGCCAGGAAUAGAACGAGGAAAAGUACAAUUAUGGGUGGAUUUGCUGCAGCCUAGCGACAAUCUUCCACCUCCUGUAGACAUUACGCCACGCAAACCGCGUACAUACGAACUGCGGUGUAUCGUUUGGAAUGUUGAGGACAUCAUUCUCACGGAGUACGAUAUCUUUACUGGAGAUACUGUCUCUGACAUUUACAUAAAAGGAUGGCUCACCAGCCCAGAAGAAAGUCAGAAAACGGAUGUCCACUACCGCUCUUUAAACGGCGAGGGAAUGUUUAAUUGGCGAUUCGUUUUCAAAUUUGAAUUUGUCUCUGCGGAAAGAAAAAUUGUGAUUACGAAAAAACGCUCCUUCUCCAGGGAGAUAGUACAGGAAUUAAUUCCUUGCCAACUUUCCUUACAGGCUUGGGAUAAUGAUCGUUUUUCUGCUGAUGAUUACUUAGAUCUGCUCCGCCUCCCUCGAGGCGCCAAGGAAUCUUCCCAGUGCUCCCUGAGGCUUUUGGACGCAAAGGCACCCACCGUUAAUUUGUUCAAAGUGAAGUGCACCAGAGGGUGGUGGCCAUUCCAAGACAUUGUGGCUAAUGCGUCCAUUCUUGUUGGGAAAGUAGAGCUGGAAUUAGAAAUACUGACUGACGAAGAAAGUGCAUUGAAACCUGCUGGUAAAGGACGGUCAGAUCCUGAAAAACUCCCCGAGCCCAAGCGACCGGAUACAUCAUUUUCAUUUUUUCGAAACCCACUACGAGCUUUAAUUCAUUUAACUUGGCAUCGGCAGAAGUGGCGUUAUUUAAAACUUUUAAUUUUAGUUUUGAUUUUCAUUUUCCUGGGUCAUGGAAUAUAUUCCAUCCCGGGAUAUUCAGUGAAGAAAAUACUUGGAGCUUAGUAACGCGUAAAUGAAGUUUGCAAGACCUGGUCUUCGUGACUUACUAUCGAAAUUUUUGUUUUUACAAAAGCAACUAGUUAUUUAAUUAUUCAACUCUUUCAUCCCAAAUAUAUUUGACAUAAUAUGAUGC